GGAGAGAGAGAGAGAGAGAGAGAGGGAGCUUGGUUUUCAGAUUACUCGUCUUCUUCUGUCUGGUCAUUUAAACUCUACUAACCGACUCUACUUGCAGUAGAAAGGCAGCUGAGUGGAAAGUCAGUUCUUGCUGGGGCAGCGGUGUGUGCUCGGCUGUGUGGGACCGGGUCUUUGAUGUAGGCAGGCUGAUCACAGAUCAGAUACACGCGCCUCUCUCCGCCUUUGAUCUCGGCGCAGUUUGUGCUGGGUCUGCGGCUCUGUGUUGUGCUGAGCUGGGGCAGCAGCGCUGACAUGCUGAGCAGACCGGUGCGAGAAACACACCACCACACCUCUCACCGGUCUGCUUUCGACCUGUAAGACCCACUACUUUGAUCAACAGACACCUAUUUUUUUUAGCAGCUUCUGGUAACAAGUGGCUCAUCAAAAUGGUCUGGAUGAUUCAGCGCACCUUCUCUCUUGUACUAACAGUACAUGUCAUAUAUUCAAAUCUGGUUCCUGUGAGAGCCGAGGAGGAGACCAGAGAAUGCAGAGAACAGGAGUACAAGGACCGGUUUGGGAACUGUAAACCCUGCAAGCAGUGUGAUGCAGGACAGGAGCUUUCAAAGGAAUGUGGCUUUGGUUAUGGAGAGGAUGCCCGGUGCGUGCCCUGCCGGAGCAGCCGCUUCAAAGAGGACCGGAGCCUCCAGAAGUGCAAGCCCUGCCUGGACUGUGGACUCAUCAACCGCUUCCAGAAGGGCAACUGCUCCACAACCAGCAACGCCGUGUGUGGCGACUGUCUGCCCGGAUUUUACAGGAAGACAAAAUUAAGUGGUUUCCAAGACAUGGAGUGUAUACCCUGUGGAGACCCUCCGCCUCCCUAUGAGCCUCACUGCAGCGGGCGUGUGAAUCUGGUGCCGCUGCCCUCAGUGGUGACCAGUCCGCGGGACAUGGCCCUGGCCGCGGUCAUCUGCAGCGCUCUUGCUACAGUGCUGCUGGCGCUGCUGGUCCUAUGUGUCAUCUACUGCAAGAGACAGCUGCUGGAGAAGAAGCCCAGUGCGACCUCUCUGAGGUCACAGGACUGUCCUUACAGCGGGGCGGAGCUGUCCUGCCUGGACCCCCGCUGGCUCCAUGACUUUCCCCAGAGACCCUGCUGCCAGUGUCACCUGGGCCCCGGACACACCUGUGGUCCAGUCCACCUGAUCCCGUCUCUGUGCUGUGAUGAGAGCUGCAGUCUGGGCCGCAGCCAGGACAACAGUCCCUUCCAGUCUCAGACAAGCCUCAGUGACGGAAAUACAAACCAGGACGAGGAGGGCAACCCAGUGCAGCUGGGAGGACACCCAGAGUCCGUACCUGGAGAGGCUGCUGGGGUGACUGGGAGCUCAGAACCUGCAGGGAGACCGGAGGAGGACGAGGAAGAGGGCGGGUGCAGGUCAAGGGAGAAUUCACCUGAGGGGACCAGACAGAGCUACAGUGAAGCUGUGACAGAUGCACUUCUUCCCAAGUAGCACCCAUCGACUCAAGAAGGAUGACAUGGAUUUCUUUGGCUCAUGUUCCACCCUUGAACCACCCUGGACUCAACAACAGCAGCGGCCAGAUCCUGUUUCAGAUUACUCCCCCCUCCCCUCCCCUCCCCGCCCCACCACACACACACACACACACACACACACACACACACACACACACACACAGCCACUCUCAAGUGUGGUCGCACUGCCUCUUUGAAAUGUCUGCAGCUGACCUCAGAGCCCCUCAUCAAAGGCUCCAAAUGGAAUAUGUACAUACAUGCAAACAAAAAGCACAGCUAAGGAAAAGCAAAGCACGAGGGCAAAGGCGUACACACACACACACCCACACACACACACAGUCAUGUUUCCGUCACUUCAGAGGACAUUACAUUGACUUACAUUCAU